AUGCUUCUCGAACCUCGAAGCCUGUUUCUGAUGACCGACGACGCCUACACGGUGAUGCUGCACGGCAUCGCCGAACGCGACGCUGACGUCAUCGGCGCCAACGUCUUCAACGCGUCUGAUGACCUGAUAGGCAAGACGUUGGAACGGGGAACCAGGUUCUUUUUCCUCUUCUAACUUCCCACCUUUUCAAAGAUCAGAGCUUUUCCAUGAGAAAAAAGGAGAAAUCCAAACUUAUUAACUUUUCAAAAACUUGAAAGAAGCGGUGGGAAUUUUCAAUUUUCAGACGUCGUCUAGAUUCAAAAAAAAAAGAAUAUUUAGUUAUGUAGUUCAUGUUCCUGAACGAAAAGAAGUAAAGUUUAUAAAAAUAUUAUCAAAUAUUUUAUAAACUAACUUCAUCAAAGAGACUUCCCCAGUUUUUCUUCAAUAUUUCAAAAUAAUUUCGUUUCAUUUUCAGAAUCUCGGUGACGAUUCGGCACGUUCCCAAGGUGUCGAAGUUAAGUGUGAUGGACCUUCUCGCAAAAAAAUAAAGUCCAAUUUUUCAAAAGGGGUCUUCUGGGUAAUAAAUGGGAAGGUUUUCUUUGGAUGAGUUAACGACUUAUUUUUUUUUGCCUGCUUCUAGAAAAUUGAAGAUUUAGGCGACAUGUAUAGCUCAAUGACAAAAGAAAGACUUAAUUUUAUUGUGAUGACUUAUUUUAAUAAAUAUGAAAUACACGAGAAAAACUUUAUGUUGGGGUCGCAGUUGGCAAAGAGAAGAUUGAAAGAAGGCGAGAACUGUAUAUAUAUUUUUUUUCGAAGUUUCUACUCACGUUCUGAGAAUUUUAUUAUCACAUCAUCUUUUUUUAUAGUUAGCAACGAAUAUCCUGGAGUUCACUCAAAAAAAAAAGUGAAAGAAAGGCUUUCAUUUAAAAAAAGAAGAAGAAGAACUAGCCGUUUGAGGGAAGAAAGUACAGUAGACAUGCCUGAGAAUGGAAAUAUUUCAUUUCUUCUCGCCGGCCGAGCUAAUCCCCCGUCCAAAACGAUGAUGACUCCUUGCGCUUCUUGGCAGCCGCUGCCAUAUGGAGCGAUGGGCGGAGUCUCCUACCGGCUACCGUAGCCGCACUCCUCCACAACGGACACCCAUAAGCCGACAUUACUCCCUUUUCUGGAAGCAGCAGUUGUUCGCCUCCGACUCUUGUUCUCAGAGCCGCUGGGAUCAAAUUCUGGGCUUUUCUUCUUGCUCGUCGUCGCUCCUCGGCCUCCCUCCGUUGAGGAACAAUUAAUCCGGAGCUCAACAGGCUUAACCGUAUGGAUCAAGCCAACCAGCAGCAGAGCUUCCCGUCGCACUUGGUGUGUGCGGCGGCGGCUGCCCUCGACGGCGGUCAUUUGGGUCUUACCUCGACCUCGGAACUUGCUGGUGGCGGCGUCGCCAGCAGUCUGUCCGCUCUCGGCUCCGGCCACCACUACUCGACGUUCAGCUAUCCGCCCCCGGUCGACUGCUUGAAGGUGCCCAAAUGCGAGUUCCUCAAGUGUUCGUUUUCUUCUUUUUUGUUCCAAGUUCAACGUGUAUAAAAUAACUAAACAGGACAAGUGUCGCAGUUUGAAGCGUUGAGAAAAAACUCUUCUAUUAUCCAGAGUAAGAGUUAGUUACAAACACAUCAUAACAGUUUUUUUGAGGCUAUAUAAAAAAUUAGUUUCAACAGAAAAAUAGUAGAACUGUUUUGGAAAUUCAAAAAAUUAAAACUUCUUGAAACUUUAAUUUAUCUUUUGUAGAACAUCAUUCGGUAUGCGAAAAAGUUAAGUUUGUUCCUCUGGGGCAAGAAGAUAAUAGUGAUAUUGUCUUCUCUCACAACGAAAUACCCCGUAGAGAUUUAUCAACGCCUGUUUCUUUCUUUCACUUUCUCCAUAUAAUUAGUUUUGAAGACGAUCUAUCUUUUUCUUUGAUGAGAGUGUAUCAACCUCAAUCAGGAAUUUAUAUAUUUCCAAGUCUACUUCGACGUUUGCAGUAGAUUCGGAGAGCUGCAAUGACGACGACGAAGAGAAUGGCCGCGGAUCCGCCACGCCGUCGUCCAUUUCGAAGCCCCAGAAGCCGCGACGGCAACGGACUCAUUUCACGAGCCAUCAGGUUCCUUCUUCAUCCUUUUUUCUCAAACAAAAUGCUUUUUCUAGCUAACUGAGCUGGAGAAUUGGUUUUCGAGGAAUCGUUAUCCAGAUAUGGCCACCAGAGAAGAAAUCGCGAUUUGGAUCAGCCUAACGGAGCCCCGAGUCAGAGUUCGUUUUUUUAUAGAUUUGAAAGACUUGUAUUUAUAAUCUGUAUUGAUAUUUUAACUUUAUUACUCUUUGCUCAGGAUAAUAAUAAUUUCAACUGAAUCCGAAUGUCGUUCAAAGUUGGUUAUAUGAAAAUUGCGAGAAAACAGACAAAUUUAUAAUUUUUUUUUUCAUUUUUGGUUACGGUUACUUUUUCAUAGGGUUUUUCGCUUUCCAGCAUCAUAAGAGUAUAUCAAACUGAAAUAAAAUUAGAAAGAUCAUAUCUUCGAAAACCGCUUGCAGCUACUGAAUAUUGGCACGUGUCCGAUGUUCUGUCUUGUUUUGGCUGAUGAUGCCAAUGUUGCAUUCAUUCCCUAGGUAAUGAGAAAAUGGGACAGAACAAAAGACAACGCCUGCGCAUCAUCUCUUUUGUCGCACUUGCCUGAUCGAAUUCGUUGGUUGGCUAAUUAAUUUCAGGAUAGGAAAGAGCCCUUUUAAGAUCUAACUGGUUCUUUUUUCUGUAUUCUAUGAAAAUUUUGUAAUUUUGAUAAUUUUACGAGCUAGGUGGCCCUCAUUUUUUUACAAUGGAAAUUUUCGUCCUUUAACAAAAAUAUUUCCAAUAGUAUAUAUACCAUCUUUCAGUUAUGAAAAUUUUCGAUUUCAGAGUUUGUAGCGUUUUUUUUUGUGAAAGUUUUAAGUUUGGAUUGAUUUAAAGUUUCAUAUUCCGUAAAGGAAAAGUUUGCCCAGAUAUAUACAUGAGCAGACCGUUUUAAGGCCACUUCCUUCCUAGUAUCCCUAAAUCAGUAGUUCCUGUUGAGAUCGAAACAUCUUUUUUUUUCACAAAAUUACCUUCCUAACUAGGACAUGGUCUCCGCUCGACAACGAGUUGAGAAUUGAGACUUUGUGGGUGGAUAGGCCUAGGUGAGAGUACUCGGAAUCAAAAAUAAAAUUCUGCUAAACCCCACAGGCAGCCGAGGAAAAGCUCGUCGAAAUUUUUCCAGCGCGCAUAUGGUCGCGCUCGGAGUCUUCGGCUAGCGACUGGCGGCGUGGUGUAGUGGAUUGUGGUCUUGUGCAUUAUCAAUAUUGUGACCAGGGUUCGAAUCCUUUUGGCGGAAAUCGUUUUUGCUAGCUCAUAACUUUAUUCCUUUCUCAUUUUUUUGGGAUUUUUCAAAAACUUUACAUCAAAACUUGUAGAAAAAUUAUUAUUUCUACUCUCUUUCUCAUGCCAAGUUUUUUUCUUCUCGUGUUGAAGAACUGUUGAGGAGGUUAUUCUCAAAUAUUUUUGUUGGAAGACAGGCAAUCGGCAGCAUAGUUAUUAAAGUUAAGCUUCUUUCGCCCAAAUUUCUGUUGGAAUCUUCGAAAAUCGCCAUAUCUUCUGACACUUGGAAGGCGAAAACGAACGGAAAAGUUUCAUUUUAGUUGUUUUAUCGUGUUACUAUGUUUCCGUUUAGUACACACGUAUCAAAAAGAGAUAAUCGCUUUUUAAAAAAGCUCAAACUUUUAUAACAUAUCUACUCGACGUGAAUUUUCAUAAACAGAUCGUUUUCUUCAUCGUCUUAAAGUAGAGAAAAAAAACGAAAAAUUUCAAAUCAGUAUUUUGUUUUUAUUGUGAUUUUUGUGAAUUUUUUUGUAGAUUUUUGAAAAAAAUAUCCCAAAAAUGAAGAAUGAAUAAAGUUAUGAGCCGGCAAAAACGCUUUCCGCCAAAAGGAUUCGAACCCUGGUCACGAUAUUGAUAAUGCACAAGGCCACAACCCACUACACCACGCCGCCAGUUGCUAGCCGAAGCCUCCGAGUGCACCCAUAUAAGCGCUGGAAAACUUUCGACGAGCUUUUCCUCGGUCGCCUAUGGGGUUAAGCAGGAUUUUGUUUUUGAUUCCGAGUACUCUCACCUAGGCCUAUGCACCCACAAAGUCUCAAUUCUCAACUCGUUGUCGAGCGGAGACCAUGCCCUAGUAAGGUAAAAAAUCUAUUGUAUUGCUUUUCUUCUUAAUUUUCGUAAGUUAACCCCUCCUCCCGGACUAAUUUUAUUCUUUCAUUCCCCGCGUAUGUGCAGAUAAAGAGAAUAAUUGAGCAAACGAUUCAUUUUAGCUCUCAAAAUUGUAACCCCCUCAUUAACUUUUCCUAUAGUGCAUGAGCUUUGUAAACAGAAAAAGAAAAAGAAAAUUGAAGAAUCAAACAGAACCUCCGGAUGAUGACUUUUUUUUAAGGUAUGGUUCAAGAACAGACGAGCGAAAUGGCGGAAACGAGAGCGAAACUACGUGGAUCAGAAGACGUCGGCGAUGACGUCAUCAGUGGCGACGGCGGCAGCCAUCGGAAGUCUUCAGCCGCAGCUCAGCGGCCUCGGCACCUUGCAAGGCGGAUUUCCCAGCACUCUUCUGCACAACACGGCCCAACAGGUAUAACAAUUCUAUUCGGUUGACUUACAAAAAUUGGAAAAAAAAAGCAAUACAAUAGAUUUUAUUCUUUGUCUCGAAGAGCGCAAGACAGAAAAUAAGUUUUGAGGAAUUAUAAAGAAAAUCUAUUGAAAUUUGUAUUUAUGCUGGGAAAUUCGUCGAUUACGAGUAUUUCAAUGAAGUUAAUUUCGACACAUCAAUGGUUCAUCUUAACUCACACGUGUCUUUUUUGAAUUUUUUUUUUCAAGUUAUAUUUAACCUAAACUUGCGAAUAUUUCGAUUUUUACUCCUUCUCGUUAUUUUUGCUUUUUUUUCAUUAUAUAUUUGCCCUCUCAGUAGCUGUAAUGAGUUGGAGAUGAAGACUUUUGUGGAAUCUCAACUUGAACUUCUACGAUUGCAAUUUUUAAAAAUUAGGCUUCAAGUUCGAGAUCAAGCAAGUUUACCGUCUUCUCAUGCGUUUAAAAGCCUGAUGUUGCAAGCACGAGAAGUUCAAUUUUUCAAACUCUUUUUUUUUCGAAUAGACUGUUUAACCCUUGUUGCAACGAUGAAGCAAGGCAGCCAAUUGCAGAUCGACGACGCUGCCUCGUUCUACGGCUACGGUGGCUCGUGGCAAAGUGGCUACCACACGCCCCGGGGCACGGCUCAGCCCUUCAGCUGGACGAUGAAACCGACGCCGUUCCAGACGACGCCGACCUCGUCGACUUCCGCAGCCUCGAUCUCCAAUAUGAUGCCGACAGGAAGAUUCAGUUCCGCCAUGAGCUCUUUCCAAAUGCCGACGUGAGUUUGGGAGUGUCUGCAGAAAGUUAUUUCACUCAACGAUUGAAGUUAUAGCCUCCAAAAAACAUUUUUUUUUUCUUUUAACUUGUAUAAACUACGAAUACAUUACUUUGAAAAGCCCAAGUACUUCAAAUGAUUAAAAGAAGAAAUUAAAUAAAAAAAUUUAUAGUUUUUUUAGUAGACUUGAUAUAGAACUUUCCAGUAAAAAAACUACACUUAUAUCACAUUUUCCCGAAUAGGUUGUUUUUUUCCGAGACUAUUUGAAAGAAAAUUUAACCCUAAUGAAAGUUAUGCGUUUUUUUUUUUCUUAAACCAAUACUCAAAACGUUUUCUCAGUGCUCUAUGAGAUUCUCGAACCUAUUUUCAAUAAAUAUUUCUCAGGGCACAGUCUUUCUCACCGUCCAGUCUGCAACAACCGGACAAGCUGAAGCUGAUGGACGGUUUGUCGAAUUCUCUCGGAACGGCCUACCAGGCCUGCCAGUACAGUGGUCCGCUUUGA